AUGGCUACUGAUUUGCUAGAUGCGGAAGACAUCAAGGUUUCCCAAAAUGCUUUUGUUAUCGUGCUUUGGGUCCUUACAGGCACAUCGUUUCUUUUUCUUACUUUUCGCAUACACGUUCAGCUUAGGUCAUUCCGUCGCCUUUUCAUAGAUGACUUUAUCGUCUCCUUUGCGUGGGUCGUUAUUCUCUCUGCCGCUAUACUUUGGCAGGUUGAGGGCAAGGUUCUUUAUGAAUCCUAUGCUGUCAGCGCCGGCACCACACCCCUCACCGCCACUUUCCUCCCGAGGUUCAACAAACUCAUGCGAUGUCUAGCUCCGCUAGAGAUACUAUUCUAUUCUGCGCUCUGGAGUGUCAAAUUUUCUUUUAUGACAUUCUUCUAUCGACUCAGUUCUAAAAUCAAAUAUCUCCGCAAUUGGUGGUACAUUGUCCUUUUCGCCACGAUCAGCGUCUAUAUUGCUUCAAUAGGCGAUAUUGAAUAUAAAUGCAGUCUCGGGGGAAUUGACUUUAUCAUAAACCAAUGCUCUAAGUUCAAGCACAUCCAUUACGAGAAUCGCAGCUUCUGGGCUAACGCUGUCGGUGAUGUUGUAACGGAUUUGAUGAUUCUCUCUAUCCCAAUUCUCCUGCUAUGGAGUACCAGAAUCUCAUCCCGCAAGAAGAUUAUCCUGAUUAGCAUCUUCUCCGCAACCACUCUGAUUAUGGUCAUUGCUAUAAUCAGAGUCGUGGUAGGUACAACUUAUGAUCGGGAGAUGAACAUCGCCUGGCUAUGCUUCUGGAGUUUUGUUGAGGUUAAUACCGCUAUUAUUAUAUCGUGCGUUGCCUCUCUCCGGCAGCUCUUGAUUACCUCACAAAGCAGGGCUGAAUCCGGCGGGGCAACAUACCAGACUCCAUAUGCUCCAAUGCUGCAGAAUUUAAAGAACAGUACUGUCAGGCAUAUCGGCUCGUCUCUCCAGUCUCCAACCAGUGAUCAGAUGAUGAUGUCGCCAUUGAGUACUGUGCAUGUUCGUCAUGAUUGGGAUGUGACUUUCAAAGUUACUGAGCAGGGUGAGAGAGUUCCGAGGCUUGAGACAAGCUUUGACUAA